AAAUCUUAAACUAUUAGAUAGAAGAUUAACUUCAACUUUUGUAUUAUCACAUGUGGUCAGGCUUUACUACAUAAUUAAUCUAAACACGUGCAACAAUUUAACUAUUUAGUUAGUGGUGAGGUUUGAAGUCAAGACCUUUGCCUACUUUGAUACCAUAUUAAAUUGAUAAUCACCAUAUGAUUUAAAAGCUUAAAUUAUUAGAUAGAGGAUUAACUUUAUCUUUUAUAUUAUAAGUUUUACUGUCAACAACUCAUUUUUUAUGGUUGACAAUAUAUUUGAGAUUUGGUCAAUCUUAGAGAGUCCAGUUUACAUACAGGUGCACAUUCAAAGAGUUUGCUCCUUUUUUUUAUGUUUGACAAUAUAUCUAGAUUUGGUCAAUUGUGCUCUAUUGUUAUGGGAAUGUCGUGGGUUUGAGUUGUGGAUGCUCUUUUUACUCUACUGAAAUUUAGCUUAGGUCGAUUCCAUUCUGCUGCUCAGCUACUUGCCUUUUGGUAGAUGGUCACUUUACUUUAACUUAGCCUCUCAAGCCUUUUGUUACCCUAGGCUACACAUAUGUCCUAACUUCUCUCCUCUAAGAGGCUGAUGAUAGGAGACAACCCAACUCUUCCUGCUUGCUGACAGCUUCCAAUGGUGUUAUAAAUAGUAUCUACCUUAUAACAUCUUUAUGGAACAUUAGGGCACUCCUUCCUUCAUGCACACAUUUAUCAUCUCCUAAUAUCAGCUACCUGCAAUGAGCUUAUGGAUGGAUGGUAUGUUUAUAUAUACACAUCGUAUGCUCAUUGAGGAAAUCAUGUUCCUUCAUUCUUGAUUGUUUUUGCAUUUACAACUUAUGGUACUGUUCUCUAUUUUAGUGUUAUCAAAGCCAAAGCUAACAAUUUUAAAUGCAAUAUAUGUCUCUUAAGUGAUUGAUCUCCCUUGGAAAAAAAUUUGUAAAUAAACCAGCAUGACAAAGUGUUGAAAAAUAGACUGAAAAUUAUAUCUUACUGAUAGAAUUUGAGUAGAAAAAUCGUAUAUAUUAUUUCGAGAAUAAAACUCAAUAUAUACUGCCUUUAGAGAGUCAACAAGCCACUCCCUUAAAAAUAGGACACUAACUCAACUACCUAAUCUGAAACAAGGAUAAGAUGAUAUAGAUAAGAGACUAAGUCUAUUUAUAGAUCAGCUUUGACCAUAACCUCCUAUUCAAAGAUAAAACAAGAACAAACAAAUAAAAACUAAAAAUAAAACUGCUUAUCUAUCAACACUUACCUUUCGUAUGAAUGAUACAGCCCUAUUAAUAGGGUAAGAGAUUACAACAGAGGAAACAUUACACACGCUAAAGAAUAAGGAAAGCUAAGCUAUCCAAGGCACAAAAGGAUUUCCUAUACCAAGGAUAGAGAAGUAUCUAAAUCUGGACACGGUCAAUAAUUUCCAAAAAACUGAAGAUUAGAUCAGUCAAAUCAUCCUUGAUUUACACAUAGCCAAUCAUCCCUUGAAUCAACACAAAGCAUAGGGGAGAAGUUGCAACAAGAAAAGCCUAGAAUAGAACCACCUUAGGAGAAUGAUAUUGUGGUUUUGUUCCUUACAAGCUUUCCUUUUAAAAGUCAAGGGAUUAGUUAUCUUGGUGAAACAGAUCUCUGAUAAGUUUUGUUUGUUUUUUGUGGUUUUUUUUAGUUACUCUUAAACAGAUUCUGAUUAAGUUGUUUGUUUCAUCAUCCUAUCAUUAUUAACUGCACCUUGUUCUAAUGAAGUUAUGAUUCAUGGCAUAGUAUUCAUGUCAAUUGACUUUUAAAAGUUACAUUGACAAAUAGAAAUCCAUGCAAAAGAACAAUGUGGCAAGAUUUUAAGGGAAGAAUGUAUACAAUUAUAACCUCCUUCCACCUCACAAAGCGGUGAGCCCUGUGCAUUUGCACCCCCACCCCCCAUCCCCCUCCUUUUUCUCUCAAAUCACAAGCGACCUGAAAAGUAAAACGGUUGUAUAAAUGUGGCUUACCAAACCACAUCAUCAUAUGUUAGAUUUAAACUGUUCCAGUAUGUGGGGCAUCUGUUAUAGCCUCUUCCUUGGACACCCUUGUUCAGAAAAAGAACAUGUUAAAAUCUGCUGCAGCAAAAUAUGAGAUUCUUUGUCUAGGAUGAAAGAAAGUAUGGAUAAAGCCAUCUAUCUCAACCUCACAAGCAAAGCAUAAAGUGUGAAGCUAUGGACAGGGAAUUUGAUGCUCACAAAGGUGGAUUAUCUUCAGAGAAAGCCCCUAUAAAGUCGAAGAGAGCAGAGCUAGUAGGAGAAAGCGUUUUCGAGACUUAAUUGGUGGGUUUUGUUGAAGCUUACGCGGGUACUUGAGAUUCAUUCAGAUGGAUGAUGCCAAGAGUACACCAUCUUGUCAAGCAAGAAAAUGGCUGCUGAUGGUGCUAUUGAUCGUCGAGGUUGCCAUCUUUCCCACAUCAGUAACAUCCCAGAAUCAAGUCAGCGUUCCGGCAGCAACUGCAGAUUUGCUCUGUAUCAGUGACUGUGCUACUUGUCCUGUUAUAUGCGCACCACCACCACCGCCACCACCACAAGUAGAGUCACCGCUGCCAUUAGUAGAACCAACGCCGCCACUGCCACUGCCACUGCCGCCGCCGCUAGUAGAGGCAGCGCCACCACCACCCGAAUCAAAGCCACCGAAGUCACCACCCCAACACCACUCUCCACCACCUCCGCUGCCAUCCAUUUCAUGGGGCUUCAGCCCCCCACCUCCUCCCGGUUAUAUAACCAUUCCUUCUGGACAGAGGCCUUCUGGUAUGGGCCAGCGCAAUUAUACCUAUCCCUAUUACUACUUCUAUGCAUCCAAAGCUGCUGCUUCUAUUUCUCCGAAUUCUUCUUCUUUUAUUCUUGUGGGAUUGAUGUCCUUUAUUGUUGUCAUCUUGGAUACCAAGUGGGGAAUUGGAAAGGCUGCAAGUGCCUCUAAGUUCUAAUCAUCCACCGAGGGGAGGGGCUAUAGAAUUUUGUUUUAUGGAUGGAUUGAUCAUAAACAUUGCAUGCAUGUACAUGUGUUGGUUUUAAUGUAAUGUUGUGUGUUCCAACAUUCGAUUUUAGUCUGUUUAGCGUCCCAAAUUUAGUAAAAAGAAUAAUCCGAAAAAGGAAAUGGUAAUGGUUUUUUGUUUCUUGUUUUUUUGUCGAUGACGAGUUGUGCCAGCAC